CUCCUAUUCCCUCAAACCUCCAAACCUUAGAAUCCAUCACGAGCUGGAAAGCACUCCGCUCACUAAUGGACUAGGGGGGGACUUACUGUAGAGGAUGGAUUUGACCAUCCCACAAGGCCCGAGGAAUAGGAAGGCCUGGCCCGAAUUAGGAAAAGCGACGGCUCGAUCGGUCGGCUCGAGAGUCAGGUCUCUCGGCUUGACUUUUGAGUACUUUUAGUUGAUCAUCAUCGACUGAAGUACGUUCGGCUCAGCGGCUGCUCGGACGCCUACGGGCUUCUCGGCCCAGCAGAGGAGGCCCACCAAGAUGGCGUAAAUUAGGUCAAGGACGAGGCAUCAGGACGUCUAUAUAAGGGAAAGGAGAGACAACGAGAAAAGGAUCUGAAAUCACUGACUAACACUUGGCGGUUAGAUUAGGGUUUUCACCUUUGCUUUAUCUCGCCGUUAGUUGUACUUUUCCGGUAGCUUAUCGAGCCACCGGCUUCCUUUCUGUCGCGCUCUCUUCUUUUCCCUUGUAACCGACUGAACGUUUUCUCUCCGACCAUUAAUAAGACGUCUUUGUUUAAACCCAUGUCUUUAUUUAUUACCGUUUCUCGAUCAAACAACUUCAAUAGAGAGGACGUGAUACUCUGUGUCUUGCCCAAGUUCCACAUCUACGCCCUAAACUCCAUUAUGCUAUGUAGUCUCAGAGUCGGUGCCACUAUUUUGAUCAUGCCCAAAUUCGAGAUCACUCUCUUGCUAGAGCAGAUCCAGAGGUGUAAAGUUACAGUGGCUAUGGUCGUGCCACCGAUCGUUUUGGCCAUGGUGAAGUCUUCGGAGACGGAGAAGUAUGAUCUGACCUCGGUGAGGAUGAUUAAGUCAGGUGCGGCUCCUCUUGGUAAGGAGCUUGAAGAUACCAUUAGUGCUAAGUUUCCUAACGCAAGGCUUGGUCAGGGCUAUGGAAUGACGGAGGCAGGUCCGGUGCUAGCAAUGUCACUAGGGUUCGCGAAAGAGCCGUUUCCGGUGAAAUCAGGAGCAUGCGGUACAGUCGUCAGAAACGCCGAGUUGAAGAUCGCUGAUCCAGACACUGGAAGUUCCCUUCCUAGGAACAGUCCCGGAGAGAUAUGCAUCCGCGGCCACCAAAUCAUGAAAGGCUACCUCAAUGACCCGGUGGCCACAGCAGCAACGAUAGACAAAGAAGGUUGGCUUCACACCGGAGACAUUGGAUUUGUCGACGAUGACGACGAGCUUUUCAUUGUCGAUCGCUUGAAAGAGCUUAUCAAGUACAAGGGAUUCCAGGUGGCUCCGGCGGAGCUCGAGUCUCUCCUCAUCUCUCACUCGGACAUCAAUGAUGUUGCAGUGGUCGCCAUGAAAGAAGACGAUGCUGGUGAGGUUCCUGUUGCUUUUGUGGUGAGAUCCAAAGAGUCAAAUUUAUCAGAAGAUGAAAUUAAGCAAUUUGUGUCAAAACAGGUUGUGUUUUACAAGAGAAUCAACAAAGUUUUCUUCACUGACUCCGUUCCUAAAGCUCCAUCAGGGAAGAUAUUGGGGGUAAUUGGUAGUUGCUGUAGGUGCUGUCCACGGUCCUAUUUAUUUCUACAGCACCAAAUUCAGAGCAAUCAAGCUUUAAAUUUUUUUUUGAAACCACAGCUAUUGAAAUAACCUACAGCUGUACAAGUGUUUUGCAGAGCC